UAGGAAAAGUAAAGAUUUAGAAAGGGAGAGAUUGCUCAAACGUAUUGCUGAAAAGAGAGCUCGACUCGAAGCAAGAGGAGAUAUUAAUCUCAAAAUACCCAGGCUGACUCUACCAUCUGAUUAUAACUUAGAGGACAGAUCUAUAUUCUCUCUGCCACCAGAAGUUCUGAAACCUAUCAUAGCGUCAGCGUAUCCAAAAUAUAGAAAAGGAGUAGCUUCUCAGAAAAAAAGAGAUGCUGAACUGGAUACAAAACUGCGAUAUUUUACGGCAAUGAGAAGGCAAAGAGAAGAGUUUCGUAAAAGGCUUGUGGAUAUAAUAGUAGGCAGAAAAAGUCCCGAUGAAGUAAUAGAUCCCAACGAAAUACCAAGUCCAGCAGAGAAAGAUAUUUUAAGAUAUUAUUAUUAUGUACAAUGUGGGGUCGAUACAAUUCAUGUUUCUCCAUUAGAUGACAGUGUCUUACAAAGAGUUUUGAGUUUGGUGCCUAAAAAGCUAACUAAAUGGAAAUCUACUUUGGAUGUAUGCGUUGAGGAAAUGAAGGAAAGCUUUAUGCUCACCGUAAAGAAGGCUGUAGUAGAUUUUGUAUUACAAGAUGCGACAUUUACUAGUGCACAAACAGAAAUUUCAUCUCAUAUUAUAGAGUUAAGAGAUAUAUCCACUAAUUGGAGAUUAAGUUACAAUAAAGCUAAGAAAAAAUUGGAAUCGACCUUAUGGGUGGUGAACCCAUGCUUAGCUGCCUUGACUGAUUUAUGGUUUCAUCACUUCAGAUGGUUUCGUUUGAUAAACAUAAAUGAUUUGAAGAAACAUAACGGUCCUUAUGAUUUGGAAGAAUUCAAAGCGUUAACAUCGUCGCAGAUAAUGAAAUCGAAGAAAAAGUUGAUGACACAAUAUUACGGUGCAGUCACUGAUAUAUUUUUGCAGGGGAACAAAAAGAACAAAUUACCCAAUCCAGCUCAUACUAAAAAAAUAGAUUCAUUCUUCAACUCCGUGGCCACCAUAAUGUCCUAUCAUAUUCAAAUGUGUUGCCUUAAGUCCUUAUACGAGUUUGUUGAAUAUAUCAUGGAUAUAAAGUAUUCCAAUAAGGGCUUUGAGAUUCAUCUGAUGCAACAGAUUAACGUGUUAGCAUUCGAACCUCCUUUUAGAAAUUUCAAAGAAGCGAUAAUAGGUAUAUUGGAUCAUCUUGUCGAAUCGAUCAUGACAAUCGAGAGGUUGGAGACUAAGCUCUACUUGGAUUUUCAAAAAGAUGUAUCGUAUCUCAAGCCCAUAAUAGCGGAAGAAAUCGUUUGGGAUUACAAAAUGAAAAUAAACGCUCUCUUGGACGAACAAAGGGUUGGUCCUGAAUCGAGAGUUCAAGAUUUCGUCAAGUACAUGCCUUUAAUUAACGGGGAGGUAAUUUAA